AUUCAAAAUGAAAUUAAUGUAAAUUAUGGUUAACAAUAAUUUUCUUUUGCCAAAAUAAAAUUGGUUGAUAUAAUUAAUUUGAUUGUAUAAUUAUUGCUUAGUAAAAAUGGAAGUCGAUGGUGUAGAUAGUUGUUCGGACGGAGCAAAGUUUGCACAUCUAAAAGCUUUUGUAAUCGCUGCUCGUGAAUUCGAAGCUACUCAUAGUGAUACUUCGGUUAGCCUGAUGACUCGAUACCUUGGAUUAAUAGCUUCUUCAUGUGACCUAACAAUAUUUGCUCCCGGGAGGAGCGAAGUAUGUGCCUUCUUCAGUUCUCUAUGGAGAGUGAUGGGCGAUAGUAGGGGUCCUCACUGGGCUGGGGUGGCAGUACUGACUCGAGCAUCAAUUGAGUCUAGUGCUAGAUAUGCUUUAACACACACAUACAGGUUCAUGCCAAUAUUGGCAAGGUUACUUUCUGACUCCAUUUCAGAUGAUAAGAAAAUAAAGUUACUUUCUGUGAUGCAGGAUAUAUCAUAUGGAAUUAAAAUAAGCUGGCAGGAGUCAUACCUUGGUAGCCUUAUGAAGCAGCUAACUGAUUGGAUAACACAGCCAGUGGAGUCGGCCAACAAAACCAUCGGCCACAAGUCACUUACAGUUCUAGUGAAUAUGUGUUAUGGGAAUCUACCAGCAAUAUACUCUUUGAUGAGGACUGUGGAUACUAAAGAUUUUGUGAUACACCUAAUUAACUUAAAGGAUGGUGGUUAUGGAGGUGUGGAAGUGUGUCGCCUGCUGCUGUGUCUGUCCAGUGCCACAAAGGGAGGGUCCAUCAAACAACCUGAUGUCCACAGUUACCUGUGUUGCACCAUGAGGACCUUUAAUAAAGCCAUAAUAGAGUCAGAUGCGACUCAGCUUCUUCAUGCAUACACAUUUUUAAAUGAUCUAUGUAAUGAUGACAACUUAAAAAACUUUGUCUUUACAUACCCACACAUAUCUGCAGCAAUCAAAGAAGCAUUGAAGAACACAGAUUAUCUUUGCAAAGUCGGUUCUAGUGACAUGGGAGAAUCAGAAAACACAGCCAAUUGUUUACGCAAUGCUUUGAAGUUUUUAACUGUGCUGGUCAAUUUAGAUCUCUACUGUCUUCGUUGCCACAAUUGCCAGCUAGUCUGCUUGUGCAUGAAGUCAAGUCGAAUCUGUCUGCCCGAGGCACUGGAAUUAUUUGCUGCUAUUAUAUCGCAAUAUAGAGAUGAAGGUGUUUUGCCUCAAGAUUUGGUAUUAGUGCUCAAUGAUGGUCUUCCCGAAUUUCUGGUUCCACCUGUCGUAGAGCCAGGCAAAGCAGGAUUACAAUGGCUUCAAGUAGUGGGCUCGUUAUGUAUGCCCGGUGACACCCAGGACCGAGUGCUCCAAGAGGUCAGACCAGAUUCGUUUGAGGAAACACUGUACGGUGUUCUCCAGUAUACAUCACAGACGGGUCCCCUGGGCGCGGAGUGCGGUCAGCAGGCGGUGGUGGUGGGGUGCCGCGUGGCGCUGACGCUGGCGCCGCUGUCCCCCGACUGGGACAAGGCGCUUCACAGGAUGCUGGCUCAACACCAGGUGCGCAAGCUUCUCUGUGCGUGUGUGACGGGGCCCAAGGGCGAGCGGCGGAAACAAGUGCUGCAGCUGAUCAAGCACCACUACUUCCCCUCUGACCAGAUGGCUCAAGUUUUUGGUGAAAAUAAUACGAGUGCGUCAGAAAACACCACAGACACGAGUAUUGAGGAAAGCCAAGGAGUAACAACACUCGGUAACUGGUCGCUACUGUCACCGUCACAGGAACUUAUGGUGGAUGAACUACUCAAGAAACUGAAUGGUGCUCUACAGGCAGGCAAGGUAUCAGACAUAACUACAUCGAGUGUGAUGGAGCUGUACGGAUACAAGAUGACCUGCCUGGAGCAGAGGAUACACUCGCAGUCGGUGGCGCUACAGAGUGCAACAGAGCACAUGUCGUCCCUGCAGCACGCACUGGCGCUGAACCAGGCGACCGGUGCCACGCAGCAGGACGUGCUGUACACCACACAGAUGCAGAACGAGAAGCUUAAAAAGACUAUAGCAGAUUUACAUAAGAAUUUAGAAGAUGCCGAAACCACUCUUCGUGGUUUCCGCGCGAAACUCGCCGCCGAGCGCAUCGAUAAAGAGAACCAAAAGGAGAAUUUGCAGAAAGAAUUGAAAGCGCAAAUAGCUAAUCUUGAAAAUGAAAUGAGAUCUCGUGAGAAUUCAAUGAUAGAACGGAUAAAACAAAUUGAGAACGAUUACAAAAGCGUACAGAAGAAACUCGACCAACAGACGAGCAAGAACAGCGAGCUGGCGGGCGUGCUGGUGAAGUUCGAGGAGCGAGUCAAGCAGCGGGACAAGCGGCUGGAGGAGGCGGCCGGCGCGGAAGCGGCGCUGAAGAGAGACCUCGACUCUAAAGACGCAAUGAUAAAGCAGCUAGAGAAGACAGUGCUGGAGCGGGAGACGCGGCUGUACCAGGUGACCUCGCAGCUGGACGAGAUGAAGCGCGUGCAGGAGAUGGUCGCCAAACUCAUGACCAAGUCCACCGCCGCCAGCUAGCGCCGGAUUUGGCGUCGAGGGAGGAAAAACUACCACGAGUGCAAGCUAACUCAUAUUGAGUGUGAUAUAUCGGCGCGUCGAGACUCGCUGUAAGCUCGUAGUUUUAAUAGUAACUUUCCCUUAAUAUAGGCGUUUUUUAGCAACUCGUUUGCUCGUAAAACUUAAAAGUA